AUGCGCCGACGUGUACGAAACGAAACAACGCGAAAUGACAGCAAAACCUCAUCUCUCAUAAGUGCGUUGGUGGACUCGCAGCAGAUCGCUCAGAAUCAAGUGCAACCGCGGGUUGCGGGCAGUGCGGUCGCGAGCACGUCGGGAAGCUUCGUUUCAGCGUCAGCCUCAGCAGCGCCAAAAACCCCGGGGCCGCCGCUCGCAGGAUCGGUAAGCUUUCAACCGCAAUCCCGGGCGGCACAUGACACGUUCACUACGCAUAGCGGAAAUAGAUACGACAACGAUGCAGACUCUCAUUUGCCUGCAGCAGCAGAAUGGCGAAAAAGCGAACGGGAACCUGGCGCUGGGGCCGGUGGGGGCGACGAUGAAGUCGGACCUUCUUCAGUCCGACCUGUUGCCUCAUCGCAAGCAAGAGGUAUAAACGCUGGAACGGUGGGCACCCUUCGCGGAGGCGCACAACAAAAAUACGGAUCGACGAAAGGCUGGCGUAAACAUAACGAUGAUGAUGGCGGCGGCGGCGGGGGUGGCACCAGGAGGCUGAACGCCUCUGCGCCACAGCCAAGGGGCACCGCAAGCGUAAGCACGACGUACGGGUAUACUCGUACUGCUGCGAGAAUUCACACGCGUCGCGGAAACGACAAGGACAACGACAUCUCAGCAGAUUCAGUUUCCGCGGAAUUAAGCAAAGAGCGACCUGGCGGGACACAAGGACAGUCCGUGGCGGCAGAGGAGCGUGAUUAUCUCCGCGCUGGCAUCGAGGAUAUGAUUGCGCGACUGAAACGGGAUGACGAAGCACUGCGGCGAGAAAUGAAUAUGCUAUCUUGUCGAUACGCAUUGCCGAAAGGAGAGCCUCUGUCACAGCAGCAUAGUUUAGAGGAGGAAAACGGCAGUUGUGUCAAUUUGCGUGACUAUUCUCGGAACGAAACGGCAGGUACUUAUGUUUAUAUUACUAUUACUCAACACGGUGUCAAUUUUAGCGACAGCAGACAGGAACUGUGGUUGCUAGUUAGAUACUAACUUAAAGAAUCGACACUCAGGCUCUCCUUUGAGCGUGCCUUUGUAUUGAGUGGUCGCAGAAGUAGAUCUCAGAUGCUACAUAAGAGGUUCCAUGACAUGACACGACGGCUUGACAUCGAGAAGGGGCUUCAGCCUGUUGUAGUUGUGAGCGUCAGUGUUUUGAGUUUGACAUUAAGAUAUGCAAAAUGAUCUUCGUUUCUAUCUAUCUGUAUCUGACCAUUAUGAUUCAUCCGAAGCUUUGUUGGUUUGCAACGACUUCGCGGAUAGAUUACCAUUACGUCAAUUGACUUAAUUUUUUUCAGGAGGCAGUGGCAGUGCGUCUUCAUCCUCGUUAUCUGUGUUGCAGGAACGCCGCCAACAGGAGCUUGAUGAAGAUGAAAACCUAGCGCCACCUUCGACUGAGGAAGACGACUGCGCGAUUUAUGAGGACAACGAAGGCAUCUCAGAGUCAGAUGGGGAUGCAAAAAUCCGGGAUCAUCUUGAGGAAUACUAUGCACGUCAUCCAAGCAAGCGGCGACCUAAUCCUUCCGCAAGGGUCAGGCGCAGCGCUCCACUGAAGACAUCAUCGUCGUCAUCCAGCUCUAGUCGAGCUCGAGCAGAGUUUGAGGAAGCUGCUCAUGUUGUACCGACGGCGUCGCGCCAGGACUGCGAGGCCCUACCACAUCGGACAAGGGGAGCGUCACCGCCGCCUGCGGAUACCGAUGCCCGUCGGCCUGUGGCGCAUCAUGAAUUCUUUUCGGGUGCUUCCGAGCGCUUCGGCGCGAGUAGCAGCUCGAGCUCGACAGCUGCGUCUAAAGAGCGCUUAGUGCCCGCAGUUGCAGCUGAAUCUCGUGUACCGGGAUCAACAAGAGCAAACGAACAUCAUCAGAGGAGAGGAGAUCUUCAGGACGCUGCUGUACGAGGUGGUCGUUCCGAGCCUUUCUAUAUCCCAACGCCUUUUGACGAUAACAAAGGAGGUGGAUUGCCCGCGGGUGUGGACAUGACGAAUUGCCAUAAUUCCAGAAUUCCAUCGCCCCGUCGUGUGGUGGCAGGUUCUACUUCUACAACUUCCCCUACCCGUUUAGCUGCCUUUGAAGCGUCUUUCGUCAGCUUGUCUAAGAAGAUGGAAUACAGCAACGACGGGAGGAGCUUAUCUGACACGAAAGAGUAUCGAUGCUUCGUGCCCAAAGAGUACGAAGGGCCGCACCCAAACUGCCUCCGUGUGUCAGUCGCCAAAGAGAAGGCGUGCGUAACGGAUCUUGUCCGAGAAAUACGGCCUCAACUGAGUAAUGGACCCCUCGCGGCGAAAAAGGUAUUCACCUGGAAGUUUCUCUGAAAGUCAAUGUUGAUUUUGGCUGCAGUUCAUGAUCAUGGUGAUCAAGGGUCUCCUGCAUAAACAGGAUCUGCAAGUCAUUCUGUCUCAUGAAGAAUAACUGGCGGCUAUUCAUUGAUGCUGCAGUAACCUCUACGACGAACUUAGAACAAGAACUGGACAGUAUCAUACAGCCUCGUAUCGUACUCUUUCCAUUUUUAUUGGUCGUCUCAAACACAAACUCAAUUAAUACUUUUCGUUCAACAUCACAUUCACAACUUAUACUUCGACCACAACUCCAAAAAUCCAGCUAACGCUGUGUCUGCGAACGCACGAAUCCGGGACGCCAAUAUGGCUGUGCGACACAGAAGUUAUUGACCAAGUUCUGGCCGACUGGAAAGCUGUCAGUGACGGAGGACCAGACUGGCCAAGACUCUAUGUGCAAGUGAUGUAAAGGCCAAAGGAGAUCUCGCAAGAAGCGCAACUACAAGUACAACUGAUGUGGACAUCUUAUUGUCUUCGUUUUUUCUACAACAGGUACCUACAGGGCGGGGUCGGGAUUCUCGAAGUUUUCCAUUUACGUCACUAUUUACGUACAAAAAGACGAACGAAGCGAAAGCGAACAGAGUCCAGGACAGUCAUUUUUUGUUUGAUCGGCUCCUGAAUGAAUGUACUUAUAUAUAAUAUCACUCAGAGAAUCGUGUAGUAGCUUGGUGCCUGUGUAAGUAAAUGUAUAUCCAGUAUCUGUUGGCAUCGAG